AUGCGACGCCCGAAUCUCACACCUUCCGACACCGUGACGUCCAUCACACCGCCUUCGUUCGUAGACGAUGGCCUCAAUCUCUCCCGGCGGAUGCCCCGCGCCGAACAUCGCGACGUCAACAGCUGGCUCGAAGGUGCCCAAGCCUCUGUUGCCCCGCCCGUAGUCUCACCUACUUCGGCAGCCUCCGAGACUAUCUACACCGGAAGCUUCAUAGACGACGGCGCAGACAUGGUCUACCCCAGUGUGCCAAUUGUUCCAGGCUGCGGCAUUGUUGAUCGCGCGUUCUACAGCAAGGGCAAAUGGCGCACGAGCAAGUAUGACGCCGAGUGGACGAUCGAGAAGGAGAAGGCGCUUGCGGGGGAUAUGUGGAGGAGUCUUGCGAGGAUGCGAAGCAUAGCCAGGGUUGAAGUCAAGGAUGCAGGCGAAGCUCAUAGAAGAGAAGAGAAGAAGAGAAGGAAAGAGCAUAGAGUUGGAGCAGUUGAGAACGACGGCAGAGUUAGAAUACCAAAGCCCUUGACGUGGGGUACGUUUGUUAUUGAGGGGAGCGAUGGGCGAGUGGUCGUUGUUGACAAGGAGGCGGAUUAUGACUCAGGGAGACCUGGGGAGAGGGAAGAGAUGGGGGCAAGGGAAAGGGAGUAUGAAGAGAGGAUCGGGAAGAGGAAAGCAAAGGACGCUGCGAGGAGAGAAAAAGAGAGUGACAAGGAAGUCAAGGUUCGAGCAGCGGUCGAAGCCAGGGAGCGGAGAGAACGAGAAGAGGAAGAAAAGGCAAGAGCGCAAGCAGCGUCUGGUGACCAGCAGAGAAAGGACGAACACAGGCGUCACAGAUGUCGCCAGCCAUCCUCGAGACUUCUCGCACCUAUACCAGAAGCCCAUACUCCCGAAGAAAGUGUAACAGAUAUUGUGUCGCCUACGAAGUUCUUCAUGACUGGGGUCGAGGAGAUAUCCGAUCAUUCUACUGCUGGGUCCAAUGGUUCUAAUUCGCGUGGACCUUCGCUAAUUAGAUCGGAUGACCGCGGCAGUGAUGGGGAACUUGUAGCAGAGCAUGACGAGGACACUCGCUCUGUGAGGAGCCACUCGACCUAUAGAGCACCCACUGUGGAGGACGCACCAGAAUCGGAGGAUGGUGCCCAAGAAUGGAACUCUGCCUGGAGUGUGAAAGAUAGCCGUGGACAUGGUCAUAAUGCUGAAGACGGAGGAAGUCAGGCUGGCGUAGAGGCGAGCGUGGCUGGCAGUGCUAGGUGGAGCGGGAAGACUGGAUGGGGCGGGGACGUGGAGACGCCUGGGAGUGUCGCAGAAGGCGCGAAGUGGGACGGCAGCGCGGCGGGCAGCCGUGUUGAAAGUGAUUGGAAAGACCAAAGCGGGUAUGCUGAGGAAAAUGAUACUUGGCUAAACUCGGAGGUGAGAGGUGUCAAGUAUCGAGAGGCUGAGUGGCGGAAAGAUGCAAUUGAGGGGUCGUGGAGAGACGUGUGGUGA